AUGGGCGCUCUGAGGCCACGGAUUCCGUGUGCCCGCCCUGGCGCCAUUGUCAGCCUCUCGGCUAGGCCAUACUCGUCUUCCUCGGAACCCGACCUGAAGACUACACUCAAAGAGGUCAUCCCGGAGAAGCGCGAGCUCCUCAAGAAAGUCAAAGCCCAUAGCUCCGCGGUCAUUGGGGAGGUCAAGGUCGAGAACACCCUCGGCGGCAUGCGCGGCCUCAAGGCCAUGGUGUGGGAAGGCUCCGUUCUCGAUGCCAACGAGGGCAUCCGCUUCCACGGCCGCACGAUCAAGGACUGCCAGAAGGAGCUGCCCAAGGGCAAGACUGGCACCGAGAUGCUUCCAGAGGCCAUGUUCUGGCUGCUCUUGACGGGCAGGGUUCCUUCCACCAACCAAGUCCGCGUCCUGUCGCGCCAGCUGGCCGAGCAGGCCCAGCUGCCAGACUUCGUCAACAAGAUGCUCGACGCCUUUCCCACCGACCUCCACCCCAUGACCCAGUUCGCCAUUGCCGUCUCCGCCCUCAACUACACCUCCAAGUUCGCCAAGGCAUACGAGAAGGGCUUGAACAAGGCCGACUACUGGGAGCCUACCUUUGACGACUCCAUCAGCCUGCUAGCCAAGCUGCCCACCAUCGCCGCCAAGAUCUACCAGAACUCGUACAAGGGAGGCGGUGCUCUGCCGGCGGACGUCGAUCUCGAGCAAGAUUGGUCCUACAACUUUGCUGCCAUGUUGGGCAAGGGCGGCAAGGAGAACGAGAAUUUCCAGGACCUGCUGCGCUUAUAUCUCGCUUUGCACGGUGAUCAUGAGGGUGGCAACGUGUCGGCACACACCACCCACCUCGUCGGAAGUGCACUGAGCGAUCCGUUCCUCAGCUACAGUGCUGGCCUGCAGGGUCUCGCGGGACCUCUCCAUGGCCUCGCCGCUCAAGAAGUCCUCCGGUGGAUCGUUCAGAUGAAGGAAGCCAUUCCUUCCUCGUAUACCGACAAGGAUGUCCAUGACUACCUGUGGUCGACUCUCAAUUCGGGUCGCGUCGUUCCUGGCUACGGCCAUGCCGUCCUUCGCAAACCGGACCCUCGCUUCGAGGCUCUCAUGGACUAUGCUUCCGCGCGUCCAGAGAUUGCUCAAGACCCCGUUUUCCAGCUUGUGAAGAAGAACAGCGAGAUCGCGCCCGAGGUACUCAAGAAGCAUGGCAAGACGAAGAACCCCUACCCGAACGUCGACUCGAGCAGUGGCGUGCUGUUCCACCACUACGGCUUCACCGAGACGCUCUACUACACGGCCACCUUUGGUGUGUCGAGAGGUCUGGGCCCACUGGCGCAGCUGAUCUGGGACAGGGCCUUGGGGUUGCCCAUCGAGAGGCCAAAGAGCAUCAACUUGGCAGGCAUUUUGAAACAGGUUGAGGGCAAUUGA